AUGAAACUAAUCAACGUUGCAACUACCGUCGCUCUCCUCGCCUCCUCUGCCCACGGCCAAAAGGCACUCGAGUGGAACGAGCCCACGAGCGGCGUCACCUACGGGCUGGCAGUGCCCGAGGCCGCCUCAGCGCCCUUCGACGUGCUCCUCUCCAUCGUGGCACCCGCGAAAGCAGGCUGGGUCGGCUGGGCCGCCGGUGGGUGCAUGCUGCGCAGCCCCAUCCUCGUCGCCUGGCCCAACGGCAACACCACCGUCGUGUCAUCUCGAUGGGCAAACGCCUACCACCCCCCGGCCCCGUACAACGGCACCUCGACCAAGGUCUUCGCGAGCUCGUCGACCCGCAACGAGACGCACUGGAAGGUCAGCGUGCUCUGCUCGGGCUGCAGCCAAUGGGUCGGCGGCGAGGUCAACUCGCACGGCAACGCGACGUUUGGCUGGGGCGUCAGCAGCCACGCCGUCGACACGCCCGCCAGCGCGUCCAGCGCCAUCCGCUUCCACGACGUGGGCAAGGGCCACUUUGAGCUGGACAUGAACAAGGCGAGGCUGUCCAAGGACGACUUUGGGGCGCUGGUCAAGUCCCUCGGCGGUUAG